GGGCGGGUGGCGGUUGGGAUUUAAAAGGAGCUGCGUGCGCAGAGCAGCCGAGAACAGGGAUGAGCGCCAAAGAGAACCUGGAGCCGCCGCGUCUGCGCCACGACAAACGGCUAAUGACUCCGCCACCGAAUGAUGGGCCCAAACGUGUCCUGAAGAAGCAGCUGAGUGGAUCCGCCAUCACUCCCUCUGCCUCCGUCUUGGCCCAAAGAGCACUCUCCAAAACUGGAGCACCAACCUUCUUGACCCAGCAGUCAGCAGUAUUGGGCUCUAGUGGUCAAACAAUGGUGGAAGCAGAUUCCCAGCCCAAGCAGCCAGUUAUUAAGAACUGGUGCAUCGAUGACUUUGAUAUCGGGCGUCCCCUUGGCAAAGGCAAGUUUGGAAACGUGUACCUGGCUCGUGGGCGCGAGACCAAAAGGAUCCUGGCCCUGAAGGUGCUGUUCAAAUCACAGCUGGAGAAAGACAAUGUGGAGCAUCAACUGCGCAGAGAGAUCGAGAUCCAGUCUCACCUCAGACAUCCCAAUAUCCUGCAAUUGUACAACUACUUCUAUGACCGGACGAGAGUCUUCCUGAUGCUGGAAUACGCUCCAAAUGGGGAGCUUUACAAACAGCUUCUGAAAUGCGGGCGCUUUGAUGAACAGAGAACUGCCACUUACAUGGAGGAGUUGGCUGACGCCCUGUCCUACUGCCACUCGAAGAAGGUGAUUCACAGGGACAUCAAACCCGAGAACCUGCUGCUGGGCCUGCGCGGGGAGCUGAAAAUCGCUGACUUUGGGUGGUCCGUGCACGCCCCCUCCUCCAGGAGGAAGACGCUGUGUGGCACUCUGGAUUACCUGCCCCCGGAGAUGAUCGAGGGUCGGAUGCACGACGAGACGGUGGACCUGUGGUGCGUGGGGAUUCUGUGCUAUGAGUUCCUGGUGGGAUCGCCUCCCUUCGAAUCCGAGACAAACCAGGAAACCUACAGGCGGAUCAGCAAGGUGGAUCUGAAGUUUCCGGACAUCGUACCAGAGGGAGCUAAGAAUCUGAUCUCACAGCUGCUCCGACAUAACCCAGCACUCAGGAUGCCACUGAAGGACGUGCUAGCCAACCCCUGGGUGAGGGUCAACUCCCGCAGGCAGCUCCCACCCCAGUACUCAGCAGUUGGGAAGCACUGAGCAGCCACACAAACCCUGGGUUACUACAUAGCAACAGUCAGCUGUGUCCGACAUUGGAACACUUUGCUCCCGGGCAGCUGAGUAUCCUGGUGCCUCCUCUCUCUCUCUCUCGGUCUCCCUGUUCUGGCUGCUCUGGUCUCUGCCCUCUCUCUCUCUCUCUGCCUCUCGUGUUUCCUUUUCUUUUGUAUUUACCGAUUCUUACUUUUCCUUUUUUUUUUAAACCUCCCUCCCUCCCUCUCUCCCUCUGUACCUCUCAGUGCAGUAGGGUUUUGAUGUGCCGGUUGAGAGAAUUUGGAAUAUUUUUUAAAUGGUGUAUUUGCCAACAGUUCACUGGAUCCUUUCCUGCCUUUAAGCUUCUGCGAGGUGUCUUGUAACGAGUUGAGGACCACCGUCUGAAAUGUACAGAGUAUUUGAAAGCUCUCCUGUGGAGCUUAGUGUCUUUUUCUCAAUCUCCUGAACUAGAAUUUGCUCAGAAUUGUUUAUCUAAUGGGGGUGGGAAGAGAUUUUAGUAUUUGCACCAAGUAUUUGUGGGGAUGUUUUUGAAGUUUAUGUAUUGCUAUAUUAUAAUAAAGCAUGUUGGUCA